CUUACACUACGGCAAUCGGUGGUACAAACCUGGUAAAAACAACCAGCCAUGGUCAACCAACAGCACCACAACCAGCCCAGCAAAUCCAUGUUGUGAACACGACCAGCCAAGUUCGUGGCCAUAAAGGUACCGCGAAUACCAACGCCGGAACGAACCAAGUGAUAACCACAAUGCCAACAAACGUAAUCUCGAGCGCACAGCCGCAACCACCGCCUCCACCCCCGCCACAGGGUCAGGCGCAGUUCCAGCGAUUGAAGGUCGAAGAUGCGCUCAGUUAUCUGGAUCAGGUGAAGUUUCGGUUUGGAAAUCAACCGCAAGUCUACAACGAUUUUCUUGAUAUCAUGAAAGAGUUCAAAUCCCAGAGCAUCGAUACGCCCGGAGUUAUUCAACGCGUGUCGAAUCUGUUCAAGGGUCAUCCUGAAUUGAUAGUGGGUUUCAACACGUUUCUUCCGCCUGGUUAUAAGAUCGAAGUGCAGGCGAACGAUCAGGGCUAUGCCUUUCAAGUGUCCGUUUCAGUGCCAUCGACGUCAGCCGGAACGGCAGUCGCCCCGCAACCGUCUCCCCAUAAGUACAACACCAUUUUCCAAGGGGGCGGCCAAAUCGUACAAACUGGCAACACUGCUGUUAAUCUAGUGACCUAUGGGCAUUCAACCGGUUCAGUGCAUACCACUCUGCAAUCGGUGAGUACAACCGGUCCUACAACGCAAAAUUCCAAUGUUACAAGUAUUCCACCGAUUCCUCAAUCUCCGCAAAAUUUCUCGAGAGAUCGAGAACGAACGAUCUCCGGCGGUAGCGGAGGACCUACAAUGCCACCGAGCAACACUCCCAUAGGAAGUGUUACGUCCGAUCCUUCCACACUAAACAGUCAGCAGCAGCAGCAAAAUCUCCAUCGAAUGAUCUCUCAAACAGUGAUUCCUCAUCAACCCCAACAACAGCAACCACCUCCACCGGAAACGGCCGCGGCUGGAAACGCGCAACCGAACCAACCGGUAGAAUUCAACCAUGCCAUCACCUAUGUCAACAAAAUAAAAAACCGUUUUCAUUCUCAGCCGGAAAAGUAUAAACGAUUCCUGGAAAUUCUGCACACCUAUCAGAAGGAGCAGAAGAUCCACAAGGAGGGAACCCCGGGGGCGUGCAAUUCCGGUGCCAAACAGCUAACUGAGGCCGAAGUCUACACCCAGGUGGCAAAGCUCUUCGACAAUCAGGAAGAUCUCCUGAGAGAAUUCGGCCAAUUUCUGCCGGAUGCGACCAGCCAUGCCCCGAUGCAUGUCAAUAAGAAUCAUUCGAUGCAUGAACCAGUGCAAGUUCCACCACCGCAGCAACAAACGCACGGCAAAAAGAUGUCCGGCAGCGUGAUGAACGCCAACGUGAAGCCCUUCAACAGCUCCCAUCAAGCCGGGUUGGCACGUCUACAGGACCGAGAUUACGGUCCAAGUGAAAAGGAUUACUCUGGCAGCGGUGGAAUGGGUCGAGGUGGAAGUAUGGGUCUCGAAAAAGAACCACGGAAUCACGUAAGCAAUCAAAAGUAUGGUCACGGUGCUUCCGGUAUGCCGGGAAGUGGCCACGGAGGAGGCGGAAAUGCAAUUAAACGGUCACCAUCCUACUCCCAAGUUCCUCCGCACAUGGGACAUAAUCUGUCAGCAAGGGAUCGCGAGGGUCCCCCUAUGAAGCGUCACAAGCCCAUCUGUAGGGACAUAACGCUGGCCGAGGCUUCAAAAUUCGGCACGUUGAAUGAUUACGCUUUCUUCGAUAAGGUCCGGAAAGCUUUGCGGAGUCCGGAUGUCUACGAAAACUUCCUGCGAUGUCUAACGCUGUUCAAUCAGGAAAUUGUUUCUAAAUCCGAAUUACAAACCCUGGUGACCCCGUUUCUCAGUAGGUUCCCGGACUUGCUGAAAUGGUUCCAGGAUUUCCUGGGCCCUUCAACGGUACCGGAGUGCGUCCCGUUGGCUUCGGCUCAACGACAAGAUCGAUCUCAAAGUGAACUGGCCACCGAUAUUGAUUUGUCCACUUGCAAGCGGCUCGGUGCCAGCUACUGUGCUCUUCCGAAAUCUCACGAGAAUGUGAAAUGUUCCGGUCGGACGGCGCUCUGCCGGGACGUUCUCAACGAUACCUGGGUCUCAUUCCCGACGUGGGCGGAGGAUUCCACCUUCGUCACGUCGCGGAAAACGCAAUACGAGGAGUUCAUCUACCGUUGCGAAGAUGAACGAUUCGAGCUGGAUGUUGUGAUAGAAACCAACAGUGCAACGAUACGUGUGCUGGAGGGUGUCCAGAAGAAGUUGAGCCGGAUGUCCCAGGACGAAGUGAGUCGAUUCCGGCUGGACGAGUGUUUGGGUGGCACUUCGGCGACGAUACACCAGCGGGCGCUGAAGCGUAUCUACGGCGACAAGGCGGCCGAUAUUAUCCAGGGGCUGAGGAAGAACCCCGUUGUGGCCGUCCCGGUGGUGCUGCGAAGGUUGAAAGCCAAGGAGGAGGAAUGGCGCGAAGCGCAAAAGGGCUUCAACAAGCAAUGGCGAGAGCAGAACGAAAAGUACUAUCUUAAGUCCCUGGAUCACCAGGGCAUUAACUUUAAGCAGAACGACAUCAAGGCACUCCGAUCGAAAAGUUUGUUCAAUGAAAUUGAAACGCUUUUUGAUGAGGUGAGUUACAUGAAGCGCCACGAGCAAACGGAAGACGGCAGCUCCAAUCCGUUGACCACUGGACCGCACCUGGUACUGCCCUACAAGGACAAGUCGAUCCUCGACGAUGCGGCAAACCUACUGAUUCAUCACGUGAAACGACAAACCGGUAUCCAGAAGCAGGAAAAGGCCCGCAUCAAGCACAUCCUGCGGCAGUUUGUGCCGGAUUUGUUCUUUGCCCCACGGCAGCAGCUAAGCGACGAUGAACGGGAGGAAGAUGACCGAGAUAUGGAUGUCGAUCAGGAACACGAAGACGACAACAAGACUUCCUCGAAAAAUGGCAACAAAAACAAUGGCAGCAGCAGUUCGCCGAGCACAAGAACGGAAGGAGGCAAUGGAAGUGGAAGUGCCACCGAUAAGGAUGCCUUCGCAUCUGCCAUAAAAGAGGAAACGCCGGACAGUACAACCAGCAGUGGUUCCAAACCGACCACCUCGGUUGCGGCUAGCAGCAGUAGUCCACCGGAAAGUGCAAUGCCAUCGACCGGAUCGACUACGAGUAGUGGCGGUGCAACUACGAGCAGUCAACCGACGACCAGUACGACAGUCGGUGUCGAUAGUAGCUCGACGUCCGGUGCCAACAACAACCGAUCAUCCACCGAAGACAGUGGCAAGGAAAAUCUACCCGAUAGUGCUAUCAAGGUGGAAAUAAAGCUGGAGCAUGACCUCGAUCAGCCCACCGUUGGUUCGGGUUCUGCGGGGCAAUCGACAGCGGGUGGAGUACAACAUACAACGAACCCACCACUCCCGGCGCAUGCCAUCAGCAAGCAUUAUGAGGAAGCCUACACGCUAUUUUUCACCAACAACAACUGGUAUCUGUUCCUGCGAUUGCACGCAAUCCUCUGCGAACGGCUACGAACGAUCUACGAGCGAGCCCAAAUCAUUGCCACCGAAGAGCGGAUGUAUCAGAGUUCCCGAAACAACAGCACGGCCACGGCCCUGCGACUGAAGCCCAAGAGCGAAAUCAAAGUGGAAGAUUUUUACUCCACCUUCCUGGAAAUGCUAAAGAACGUACUCGACGGAAACAUGGAGGCCAGCAACUUCGAGGAUUCGCUUCGGGAGAUGUUCGGAAUCCAUGCCUACAUUGCAUUCACGCUAGACAGGGUUGUACAAAAUGCCGUUCGACAGCUGCAGCAUUGCGUGACAGAACGGGGCGCUCUGGAAUGUGUCGAACUGUUCCAACUGGAGCAACGCAAAGGCGGUGCCGGCGGACUCUGUCGCACUGCGAAUCGUCGCGUUGCCCACGAACUGGCGUAUCAACGGAAAGCGGAGGCAGCUCUCCAGGACGAAAACUGCUUCAAGGUUUACCUUUACAAAAUCGACUGCAAGGUGACGAUUGAGCUGUUGGACACCGAAUCGGACGAUACGGCGCAAAAUUUCAGCAAUGCCCAAAACUACAGCAACUACGUCGAUCGGCUGUCAAAUCCGGCGGCCACCGGUACGGGUAGCGAGAGUGGUGCCAGCAUUACCGGGGGCGCCACCGGAAGCGGCAAUGUGGAAAUCAAAACCGAAAAACCGGACGAUGAUUUGGCUUACAGCAGCGCCAACAGGAAAGCCCGAUUUUUGCAGCGCAAUCUGCGUCGCUGUAAGGCGGCAAAUCCAUCGCAGAUUGCGGAGCUCAAAGGCGAUUCCUCCCCAACGGAAGACCGCGACAGCAAAUCGCCUCUGUUGUCCGGAGGGACAACAACCACAACUACUACCGCCACCGGUCAGAAGCUGAACAACGUGGCGGCUUCGCAGCAGUCCACGGAAGGCCACGGGCCCAACAAUAACAACAACAACACCCUGAAGAAGGGAGACGGUGCGGAUGUGACGGCAUCCGGCGCCACUGGGGUCACCGUUUGGAACCACAAGGGCAAGACGAGUCAGGCGCCCGAACGGUUACCGAGCAGUAACGGCGACCAGAGCUACUACGUGGACGAUCGGGAACAGUUCCGGCUGAGCAUGAACAACAACAAGAUUAGCUUCGUGCUGAACAAGCAUCACAUCUUCUACAAGCGCAAGUCGUUGCUGAGGGCGCGAGAGACGCACCCCGCCGUCACGAAAACCAUGCAUCACCGCUUCGACGCGUUCGUGCAGCGCUGGCUCGACCAGAACGUGAGCGACGCCCAGCGGACCCAGUGCAACGAGUGGCUCCUCGGCACCCGACUGGAUCUGGUCAAAAACGUAACGGUCGUCCGGCAGAACAACGACAUCAGUCGGACGCCCUACAUGCCCUACAAUCGGUACAAAGUCGAGAAAGUCGACCAUCUGUGAACACGAACCGGUGUCUCCUGAACCUAAUCUAAUGCCCCCUCCCUCCCUAAAACGUGACUAAGCGAGUGAAGGCUGGACCCCAUCAUCGUAGUGUGAAACCUGGUAGAAUGGAAUGUGACAACCGUACAGCGGGAAGUAUUAACACUGUGAGGGAAAUACUUUAGUUGUGUUUGUGUAACUAUAGUAGGCGGUAAGUAUCCUUCCUUAUGUUCUGAUUUCUCGAUUCAAAGGGGAAAUCUCGUUUUACUGUAAUCCAUCUUUUAUUAAUUUGAUUACUAGGUAAGCAGAGUUUUUAACUACAGAUUAAAACAAAUACAAUGAAAACCUACAAAAACUAAACCUUAAGAAACAUGUACAAUUGAGAGUAGUUCAAUAUAUAGUAAACAGCAAACGCGAUCCAAGUUCAUUAUUAGCCAAAAUGGUAUAGAACAUUUAGACGUUAGGCAAGCAGCAGCAACAGUUUAUUUAAACAUAACAAUUACAAGUAGAGACAUAGUUAAAACCACCCCCUUCUUAAACAGAUAUGCUACUCACCGCGCUACGAAUGUCGUAGAAUUGUAGUUUUUAGUGGACGACAAGAGAGGCAAAACGCAUUCAAUUAAUAUUUAAAAACCGUCAGACAUUUUAACUCUAGGUUGUAGACUACCAAUAAGUUGCAGUGCAAAUCUUCCUCUUGUGAUAGGAACAUUGUGCGCCAAGAUAAUCUUACAAUGCGUUACGAAAAAAUCUCAUCCCAAUGCGUUUUGUCAUAUGUAAGAAGCAUGUAUGAUGAACUUGGUCCAAGUACCAAUUUAUUACUUGAAUAUGGAUGCUUUGUUAAGAAGAGCAACAUACUAUUUCUGUUCUCAUCCCUCUUCGCUUCAAAUUAAUGCUAAGAUAAUUUAAUUCGAAAUCUGUCAGUGCAGAAACCGAGCAACAGAUUGUAGUAGUGAGACAACAUAGGAAGGCAAACAUGCUCUAAUCUAAGUUAUUUUCCUCUGUGAAUAUAAGAAUUAAGCAAUUACACACAUGAAAAAUGAAAAUAUUUAAAACUACUACGUCAAACGCGUCAAUAAAUGUAAAGUUAUUUGAAAA